AUGGAUCUUGAGGUCCUGCAGCGUAUACUUGAUGGAAGAGAGAAGCCAACAAAUCUAUCAUUCGAGCUUUUGAAGAAUAUCACAGAAAACUUCUCGCACGAUCGAGAAAUCGGCCAUGGUGGAUUUGCAACGGUUUAUAAGGGAGUGCUCCCAAAUGGGAAUGUCGCAGUAAAGAGGAUAAGGAACAGUCAUUCAAUCAAUGAGGCAUUAUUUUAUCGUGAAGUUGACAGCCUGCUGAAUAUUGAACAUAAAAAUGUGGUACGGUUUCUUGGCUUCUGUGCUAGCACAGAUCAAACAGCCAUACAAAUCGAAGGAUCAAAACAACAUAUUUACGCGGAAGUAAGAGAAAGGUUACUCUGUUUUGAGUAUAUCAGCAAUGGAAGCCUGCAAAAAUAUAUUGCUGAUGAAUUAAGGGGACUUGAAUGGAAUACACGUUAUGAAAUAAUUAGAGGCAUCUGUGAAGGUUUGCAUCAUCUGCACAAGGAAAAGCAGAUAUAUCAUAUGGAUCUGAAACCCGACAAUAUACUACUAGACAAUGAUAUGGUGCCGAAAAUCACAGAUUUUGGUUUAUCGAGACUUGAUGAGAAGUCAAAAACCAUGAGUGAAGAACGUUAUGGAUCACUAGGAUACUGUGCUCCAGAAUACCUACAUAAGGGAAAGAUGUCAUUCAAAUCAGACAUGUACAGUCUGGGCAUUAUAAUCACCGAAUUAGUGACAGGAGAAAAAGAAAUCUGCAGUGAUAAUAACAAUGUACUUAGGAGAUGGAGGCAUAGAUGGAAGAAAACAGGGAAGGAAACACCACUGGCUUACCAACAAGUAGUAAAAUGCCUUGAAAUUGGGUUACUCUGCCACGAAAUCGAGCCAACCAAACGGCCUUAUAUAUGGCAUAUGAUACAUGUUAUAAGAGAAAUUGAAGGUGCUAAUGGAAAACUCAGCAAUGCCUAUGAACAUGCAUUUGGACAGAUAAGCCCUUACUCGGAGGAUGAUAUGCUUGGAAUUGAGCCACUCCAACUACAUUUUCCGUUUGAGCUUAACAAACAGAUGUCAUGCACACUUAAGUUAACCAAUGGGAUGGACUCUUACAUUGCCUUCAACAUCGAAAAUACGAGCCCCUUGCCAUACUGCACACAACCACAGAAAGGCAUUAUGCCGCCAAGAUCCAAGUGUAAUGUUGAAAUAACACUGCAGUUGCAGGGCAAGGCACCGGGAUAUAUGCAUCGUUCCAAUGAACUUGUUGUGUGGAGCACCAACGUGAAUGAUUGCCUUGCAGUUGAGGAUAUAACAACAAAUAUGUUCACUAAUGAGGUGGUCAAUGUGGUUGAUGACGUGAAUUUGGAUGUGGUUUUUUACGUCAGUGAGCCACAAGAAGCAAGUGAGGAAACCAGUUGGACAAUCCAACCUUUACUGCUGUUUGGUCAGAUUACAGAUGAUGCAGUCGGUGGGUUCCUUUGUAUGGAUGCACAUCAGACAGAGCCUUUGAUUGUCACCGGUCACCGAUUUGGUCAUGUCCAGAUUUGGAACUCUAACAUGCAGAAAGUGGUCACUUCGAUUAAGGCCUCAUGGGAUACAGUAUGCAAAGUUAAAUUUAUUGCACGAAAGGGGUGGAUUGUGGCUGUGUCAGAAGAUUGCUUCGUCCAUGUGUACAAGUAUGAAAAGGAACUCAAAAAGGUCACGGGUUUCAAAUCUCACGAUUAUGACAAUACCAUGUGCUCAUUAGACGUUCAUCCAGCCCAGCCGUAUGUGCUGUCAGGGUGUGAUAGGCAAAUAAAGCUUUGGGACUGGGACCAGGACUGGAAUUGCAUACAGACAUUUGAAGAACACUCAGAUGAUAUUAAUGAAGUAAAAUUUAACCCAGAGGACACCAACAGUUUUGCAAGUGCUUCAGAUGAUCGUACAGUAAAGGUUUGGAGUCUUGAUUCUCCCAAAUCCAAGUAUACUCUGUAUGGGCAUUCGGAAGGAAUGCACAGCGUGGAUUUCUUCAAGCGUGAUGGGCGGCAGUAUUUGAUUAGCGGCUCUGAUGACAGGACUGCCAAGAUAUGGGACUUGCAGAAGGAGGAGUGUCUUCAUACACUCGAACAUGAGACUGCAGUUUCCGUCUUUGCCCAUCCCAGUCUUCCAGUUCUAAUUACAGGUACAUGGAGUGGUGCCGUUCGUGUGUGGAGCUCCACUGACUUCAGGCUGAAGACAAAGCUUGGGGUCCCUAGCCUGGUUCGUGGCUUCGCAUGUUUGAUGGGGUCAGAAAGGGUUGCAGUUGCACACUAUCAUGGAGUGUCGAUGAUGGAAAUUGAUGAUGAAGAAGGACAAGGUGAGAGUGAAGGUAGCAACGACAAUUCCAUAUCAGUGGCACUGGCAGAGUUGGAAAUGAACAGUAUUGCUCGAAGCACAACCAGCCAACACACUCACAAAUAUGGACAUAUCGGACCAUGA